AGUCACUGCGCGUUGGUUUAUGGGAUUGAUGUUGUGACGUUGUCUGCUGGAGAGAGGCGUAACUGGAAGAGUUGGAGCUGGCUCAGUGAGCGGAGCAGAAGUAGGUGUCUUCAAGAAACAAGUAAAUAGCACUGCAUGAGACAAACAUGGGAGCUGUAGUCUCUAGAUGGAGGGCAAAGCCUUCCACAGUAGAUGUUCUGGAAUGCAUUGACAAGAACAUACAGAAACUGGAAGAAUUUAGGGAAACGAAUCAAAGACUGUUAAAGCUAUGGGUUGGAAGGCUGCUUCUGCAUUCAUCACUUCUCUACCUUCUUACUUGUAUGAUUGUGUAUAUAUGGUAUCUUCCUGAGGAAUGGACUGCAAAAUUAAUUAUGGCACUCCCAUUUUUUGUGUUUCCUAUACUAAUAUGGUUCCUAAGAAAAAUGCUGAUUUGGAUGUUCUCCAAACGAACUGAAAGAAACAGCGAAAAGCUUGAAGAAUUAAAAGCUCAAAAAAAGAAAAUACUUGAAGAAGUUAUGGAAAAAGAGACCUAUAAAACUGCAAAAUUAAUUUUGGAGAGAUUUGAUCCUGAUUCGAAGAAGAAAAAUGAACAGGAACUUGCAGCAGUGGCUGGACCACCUGUGACACCAAGGCCUGGUCAAGAACUUCGUCAGCGGAAUGUUUCCCAAAAAAAUCCUGUUCCUGCAACUCCAAUAAAUCCCAACCAAGGAGUUCCCCAUCCUCCUGCUACACCUUCAGCGCCUUCUCCCACCUCUGCUCCUGGUGGUCCCCCAGAGCGAACCCUGGCCAUGGCAGCCGCCCAGCAAAAUCUCAUGAGACGAUCCAUGAGCCCUGGUACACCAGUGCCUGGAAUGGGCCCUAACAGCAUGAAUACCCAGGUACAUGAUUCUGGAGUGAUGUUGGUCCGCCUGCACCCUCCUGGCCCUCCACUUGCAAGAGCUAUCCUUCCACGGGAGAGAGGAGUCAUGGACAGAGUUGUCGAGUUCUUAGUAGGUGACGGGCCUCAGAACAGAUAUGCCCUUGUCUGUCAGCAGUGCUUUUCCCAUAAUGGCAUGGCCUUGAAAGAGGAAUUUGAAUAUGUCGCAUUUAGAUGCGCAUACUGCUAUUUUCUAAAUCCUGCUCGGAAGACUCGUCCUCAGGCCCCACGUCUCCCGGACUUUAGUUUUGAAAGGAGACCAUGUACUGAUUCCCAAACGUCCGGUGUGUCUGCAGAGACUGGUGUUUCUGAGAAUCAACCUUCUGCUGUCCCUUUGGAAGAAGCGAGACAGGAAGGUAAGCCAGUGGACACAGACACUGCAGAAAGAGAUGCUCAGGCCAGUGAUGAAAAACAGACUCCCCAAGUCGAGGAGCAAAAACCAUUGGAGAACGCUGAAGCGGAACAGGAAGAGGUUUCCUUCAUGAAAACAGAAUAAAGGCCCCUGUACCUGAAUCCCAACUAAAAUACGCAUUUAUGCUUUUGACUUGUUUUAAGACUUGCAUUUUUAUUUAUUUUUUUGUUAAUGUUGCCUAGUCUCUGUCUAAACAGCCAAUGUGCUCUUGUUUAAAACAGCACUGAAACUGUUUAGGCUUCAGUGUAAAAUGUGUCCGUAUUUUGUACACAAUGUUGUCGCUGCCUAGAGUAGAUUUUAAGGAGGAAGUGGAGAAAAGAUUAUCAGCCUGCCUUGUUACUUUAAGUUUAAAGUUUUUUUUUUUGUUUGUUUUUUGGUUUUUUUAAACGUGUUUUUUACCCGUCAUAGAGAAAAUGAGCUUAAAAUAUUAAAGAAGUUCCUUAAUGGUAAGAUGCAUGUUGGGUGGUCAAGGGAUGAAUCAGCACUGUUUUUUUGUAUGUUUCUUGCGGAAUGUGUUUUUUAUGGCGUUUACACAGAACAAUUUAAAAACAUUUUACUGUUGCAUGUAACAAUAAUAUAAUGUGUAUAGUUAUCUACAGCUAGAAGUUGCCUUUUGCCAAUAACUGAAGAAUUCAGGUACUAAGAUAUUAAUUAGCACAAUGAGGGCAGCCUCGUGUUUACAUGGUAAAGAGAAUUCAACUUAGAUUUGUUCAGCUUUUAUUUAUUCUUGAAAAUAGGCAAAGUACACUGUAUAUAUGUUACCUUUAGGUAAUGUAAAACUAAAAUGAAAAAGAUUAUUUUUUCUCAUCAAGUAUAAUGACUACUGAGGAAUCAAAUUGUAGGGUAAAACUGAACAAGAUUGCGCACUGCAACUUUGGUUUCUUGAACCCUGUUCUACCUGUUACCCGCUUGCCAAUCAGGAGAUGGUAUUUUCCGUAACCGUCCUUAAAUUUAUUACGUGGUGGAUACAAAACUACACAUUUGUUUUAAGACAGUGAGCCAGAUGGCCUAACCAAUUCUCAAGGCAGCUGUUAUUCGAUUCUAAUGCACAUGUCAUCAUUGAAAUAGUGAAGAAAUGCUUUUGAACUAUUAUCUGUAUUGUAUCAUGCAUAUAUAUUUCAUCACUGCACCACCUUCCAUCAAUAUAUAUAUAUUUUUUAAUUUAUUUUUUUAUAAACUUUGUGCUAUUCCAGGGUUGAUACUUCCAUCACCAACUUUCCAUGCAUCUGGAAAAUAGUUUAAUAAAUUGAAAUAUGUUAUAUUUCUUCACACGUAAGUAUUUAGAAUGAGCUUAGAGGUUUCAUUAAAUGACCAGAUAUUGGUCUGUUGGGGGUUUUAAAAAAUAUGAAAUACAAAACAUUUGGUAACUGUCUAUGUCUAGCCUUUGUAGUUACUUAAAUAGAUCUUACUGAUGGUUUAGCAUGAGGUUAAUAAAAGCUACAUGUUUGAAUUAUUUCUAGGGGGACAGGUGGACGUUUUAAAAUAUUUUUUGUUGAUGGCAAGCUAGAAAAGUCAUGCAAUGGUUACAGUGAUUGCAACACGUGUAUAUCUAUAGUUAAAAAUAGGAUAAAACCGAAUGCUGAAGGAAAACAAGUAGAAAUAGUAUUUGCACACCGAUAGGCACAUGUUGAAUGUCAGGUGACAAACUGGUCAACAAGGGAGGCAAUCGUCAUGAAAUGGUGCUCUCUUACUUUACCUUUAGGAAGAACUCAUGCAGUUCAUAAUUUGAAAGUGCAUCAUGAACACAUUUUACAAAGUCCUUCUCUAAAGUAGGUAACCAUACAACCUCCAUCCACAAACAAACACACUGAUAAUCAACAAAUCUCCCUGUCUCCCACACGAGUUGGAUAAAAGGGUUCCAAGAAGACAUUUCUUGUCAAUUUUCACUGCUUUUUGUUUCCUGUAUUACAUAUCCAUAUCCAUAAUUGGUAACAAGCCUACACCUACAUCAUGUACAGGUAUGUAGAUUUAAAUUGGGUACCUCUAUAACAAUAAAGAAUCUGGUAAUUUGUCAUUGACUAAGUUUAAUUAUUUUGGAGAUAUUAAAUUGUAAUGUUUUAGAUACAUCUGAACAGAAAUUCAAAGAAUAAAAAUGUGGUAUGGAUACAUGUUUAUUCUUUAGAACUGGGGUGUGUUUAAGCAUGUAGGAUAAAUGAUUUAUCUUCUAGUGCAUGCGUUGAUGUCCACAAGGUAUUACCCUGUGUCACAAAGGGAUAUUGUAAGCUGUUUUAUUUUCAUUAGUAAGGCUGUUUUAGCUUGUGAUCAUUUUAUUUUACCUCAUUGAUCAUUUACGACAGUGUUAGAUAAUAGCGCUGACAUCUAACCUCAUGGAUCUUGAUUGUUUGACCCCCUUGGCUUUUGAAAGCAAGGUGUCAUUUUUUGCCUUUCAAGAAACCACGCAUUCCCCCCUUCAGUUUUCACAUAUAGUAGGAACUGCCUAAAAAGUGACUAUCAAAUAUUUAUCUUUCAAAUCUGAUAAUGUAUGUGUACAGAAGCAUGACCUUAUGUACUGUGUAAUGCAUCAACAUGACAUGAACAGUAAGUGCCCCAAUUGUGCAGUGCUCUGGAAGAGGUUGACCUGUGAGCUGCUUUUAAAAAAAAAGGAAAAAGAAAGAAAAUCAGGUAGUUGAAGGGUGUUUUACUCUUUUCACAAAUGUAUUUAGUGAUUGCUUUUUGAAAUUCACUGCCUGUAUGCAUUAUAAUACAUAAUAAUAUUGUGUAUGUCUGCAAGUAUACACAAGUUAUGCAGUAUUUUACGUUAUUAUUAUUAUUAUUAUUAUUAUUAUUAUUAUUAUGUAUAUUUUUAUUCAUAUUGUUACCUAUGCAGCUUCUAUCUUUACCAUAUCUACAUAGUAUAUUCCAAUAAAUGCCAAUAACUUAAAUGCAUAUUCAUUUUGUUUCAUUAUAGCAAGAGUUAUCAUCCUUAAAACAUGUUUUAACCGAUUAUUACUUUGCACUGAGUAACAUGUAUGGUGUCUGUGCAUUGUAUUU